AUGGAAAAGGACCUUAUCAUUGCAGGUGGCCACAAGGGUGACAUUCAGCGUGGUCCCAGAGCCACUAGCGGCUCUGCCACCAUUGUGAAGAGGACCACCGCGUGGGAAGUGCUCAUGUACCUCGGCAUGGCCUUACGCGUCGAUGAGGCCAUGUGUGCAUUAGCUGUGUUUGUACCUCCUCUUGUGGCGGUUCUGCCACCGGCGAAGCACGGGACUGGUGAUUGGAUGCGUGUAGAUUCUUCGGAGGAUGUGCCGUUUCUGGUGAGGUGUCACCAGAAACUACAGCAAGCGAGUGCCGAAACGCAUGGAUACAACGAACUCAUGGACGCUGCUGUGUGGGGUAUCUGUUUGAUUGACGUAACGGACACUCUACGCAAGCCGUGCGUGGCAGAUUUCAAGGUUGGUUUUGUACGCCACUCCCCACACACACCUGCGGAAAAGGUAAUGCGGAUUAGCAGGAAGCGACUUGUGCAACCACAUGCCCUCCGCCUCUGUGGGGCGCAUCAUCGCUACUUUCACUGCCCCACAUCAAGUGAUGUGGCAUGUCUUAAAGAGGAAGUAUGUGGAAAGGAUGUUGGUUAUGCAUUGGAGACUGAGGAAGAAUACCGUUGGUGGCUCCGUGCUUUUUUUUCAUGCACAGCGAGUAUAAAAACUAGUGGUGAAAAUUUGACUUGUAAUGACAACGAGAGAGUGACAGCGCGGUCGCACGUGUGUCGUCAACACCUGCAAAAGCUACUUGUCUUCUUCAAUAGCUCGCUGGGUCGCGCACUGCUGGAACGAACCGCCCUUGUAUCGACAUCUCUGCUGCUUAUCUACGAUGCUGCCGACGGUGUGAAUGGAAAAGUGGAUGAUUGUGAGGGUGUUAAUGUUAAUACGGAUUUUGAUAAUCAUUGUGAUGCCCGUGUUUACUUGAUCGAUUUUGCUCGAUCGAGCAGGCGGCGAUUGAACUUUGCAGAGGAAAAGGUCGGUUUUGUGCAAGGGUUAGAGAACAUGGUCCAUCUUCUUUUGUGA